AGUAGACAACCCGGGGGCCCAGUACACACGUUUGUUUAUCAUUCGCUUUGACUGGCCAAUGUGGUAUCUCUGCCGGUAUCGCCCCUCCACACUCCUUUCUCAUCCACCCCAUCCAUCCCUUCUUGCCCUCCACCCCCCUCCCCACCACCUCCCUUCCGCCUCCCUUCGCUGCGCUACGGUACACGAGACACUGCCCCCCACCCAAGCACUUUCUUUCGCUCAAUUACCGGUAUUGUUCUCCCCUGAAUUCUGCCCCCCCCCUCCUUUAUUGCUGUAGGUUGGAGACCUACUUUCCGACUCCCUCUUUAUCCUCCCAUCGGCUCUCCUCCCCCCCCGAUACACUGCCAUAGAACUGAUUCCUAUCGACCUGAUCAUCUAUUAGCAUUUACAGCUUGUCGGUGUGAUGGCAGUAUUAUUUUGACGACUUCUCGCCCUUUCCUGUCUCUCCCUCUUCCUCCCUCCCUCUAUAUCUCCCAUCAUCCAGCCAAGAGCGACGACAAAUCCAGCCAAACCUAAACUGCCAGGUCCUCUUAACCCAUAAUGCAGUUUUCUAAGGCCUUUACCCUGGGCUUUCUAGCCGCUGCCUUUGUCACAGCAACUCCGGUCCAGAAUCAGAUUGUCCUUAGUCCGGGUGAAGUGGCUUCGGUGCACGAUGCGCCAGCAUCGCAAUCCGAACCUAGGAAGUUGAAGGGGCGAUUUUUGCACGUCACUGACAUUCAUCCUGAUCCAUUCUACCUCACGGGCUCCGAUCCCAGUGAGCGUUGCCACCGCGGUAAGGGAGGCGCUGGUGUGCUUGGUGCUGAAACCUCGGGCUGUGAUACCCCGUUCAGUUUGGUGAACGAGACCUUCGCCUGGAUUAAGGAAAAUCUCAGAGAUGAAAUCGACUUUGUUAUCUGGACUGGCGACUCUGCAAGACACGACAACGAUGUCAAUAUCCCACGUAGCGAUAGUCAAAUUUUCACGUUGAACCGACGCAUUACCCAGGGAAUGGUCGACGUUUUUGGGAAGCCGGAUAAUCUUGGUGAUGAUGACCCGACAAAUGACUUGGUUGUCCCAAUUAUUCCGACUCUUGGAAAUAACGAUAUCUUUCCUCACAAUAUUAUGACGGACGGUCCCAAUAAGAUCACGCGUGAAUUCUCGGACAUCUGGAGGAAUUUCAUUCCGCAAGACCAAUAUCACGUGUUUGACAAAGGAGCCUAUUUUUGGACCCAAGUCGUACCGGGCACCAACGGCAAGAUGGGUUUGGCUAGCAAAGGCGGCCUUUCAGUUAUUUCACUCAACACUAUCUAUUUCUUCGGUUCCAACGCUGCUGUCGAUGGCUGCGAUCUCAAGGGCGAACCAGGUUAUGAGCAAAUGGAAUGGUUGAAGAUCCAAUUACAAUUGAUGAGGGAUAUCGGGAUGAAAGCCAUUCUGAUUGGCCACGUUCCGCCGGCUUGGACAAGUACAAAGCAAAGUUGGGACGAAACGUGCUGGAAGAAGUAUGUUUUGUGGUCCAAGCAAUACCGUGAUGUUAUCGUGGGGUCUAUCUAUGGCCAUAUGAAUCUGGACCAUUUUAUGGUGCACGAUAGUGACGAGCUCAAGCCACCCCAUGACGACAGCAAGCGGAAGAAGAAGAAGAAGAAGCCCAAGAGGAAGUGGACCGGCCGCUCUGCUGAGGAGAUGGUUGCUCCCGAGAUGGACCCCUCGGAAUUCGAUGAGGAGAAUCCGGUCUACAAUGUUCAGAACGCAGAGUCAUACCUCAAUUCGUUGAGAGAGGCCUUUUCUUACCUUCCCACUCCUAUCGGAGCUGUUGGCAAAAGCGAUGAAGAGGACGAUCCUUAUGAUGAGAACCAGAAUGCCGAUUACUCUCAGAAAAUUGGGGGCAGAUGGGGUGAGCGAUACGUCCUCUCGAUUGUUGGGCCAAGCGUUGUACCGAACUACUUCCCGACGCUGAGAGUUAUCGAAUACAAUAUUACCGGACUCGAUGAUGUCAAUGUCGUAGUUGGAGGAUCUAAUGCUAAGCCCAAUGACGAUCUUCAGACCUUGCGGAACAACAAAGAUCCGUCUACCCCCAACCCACCUUCCAAGACUGCGCCUCCCGGUCCGGCCUAUUCCAUGCAGCCAUUUACCUUUCUUGGCAUCACGCAAUAUUAUGCCAACCUUACGAGGAUCAAUGGACUCAAGAAGAAGGCGGAUGACCAACACUUGGAAUUGCGAGAUUCCACCGAAGAUAGAACUUUUAGAUACGAGCUAGAGUACAACACGAGGACGGAUAAGAUCUAUAAACUUAAGGACAUGACCGUCAAGAGUUAUCUGAAGCUUGCGAGGGAAAUAGUUGACGCCACUCGCCGAGGAAAUAAGAAGCAAGGCGACAAAGACAAGACGAGGGAUAUAGAUGAUUCUGCUGUGGAGUGCGGAGAUUUAGAUGUCAAAGAGGGUUGCGAUGUUGAGGAAGAGAAGAGGAAGAAGAGGCGCAAGAGCAAGAAGCACCAUCACAAGUUGAAGGAUCAUAUCUGGCACACUUUUGUAAAAAGGGCUUUCGUGGGUACCAUUGAGGGUGACGAGCUUGGCAUGUGAUUUCAUUCAGGGUUUACAUUAAUUUCGGUUUUGGGGUUUGGUUCUGGUUCGGGAGGGUCAUAUUGUUUCGGGCUAUUCUCAUUGCGUGGCGUUUUUAUGCUUCAUUCUGAUUUGGCGAGUAUUGGGUACAUUCAUUUCUUUUCCGCGUUCUGGUCGGGUUUGCACAUGGUUUAUGACUUUUUCAACUUUGUUUCUUUAUGCAGUUGGUAUUACUGCCGGGUUUCAUGGGGUUCAGUGUAUGAGUAGAGUAAUCCAAGUGGAUGGUGAAUGAGGUCAAUUGGUAAUUAUUCAAAUUGAUGUUG